UAUAAAGACGUUGUGUGCUGUGUUUGCUUUAUUUUUUUAUGUAAAUCUUUAUUCGCAUGUUUAAAAAAAAUCAACUGUAUUUCUGAUCAGGCGUUUAUUUAGUCGUCCUGUCCCGAGUGCGUCGCGGGUCCUUCUGUCAGUGGCGCGCGAUCUCUCUGUGCGCACUGUACUGACAUAAAUCAAUACAUUAAAAUAUAAUUUUACCUUUACUUGAGAGGAUUUAAUAUCUGUGUAAUGGAGGAGGUAGAUGUGGUGCCCGAGCCCACCCUUAUUCCUGGCGCUGGAUAUCACCAGACACACUUGGGUUUUGAAUGGGGUCCUGGUGAUCUGUUAGUUUACGAGACACACUACAAGCUGAAAGGUCCGAGGUCUGCAGGUUCCCCGUUCGUCCACAUAGUGAGGAAAGAUGAAGACAACUGCUCUCCCAUCCUGCGCAAGCUCUUCAACGAGUCCCAUCACAUCUUCGUGGGGCUGCAGAAGAUUGAAGAAGACGCGCCCAGCAAAAACAAGAAGUCACAGUUCGUGAGCAUCAGUAAGAACUACAGAUCUGUGAUCAGAGCCUGCAUGGAAGAACUUCAGCAGGGCGCAGUUUUAACUCAAGACAAAUCUUUAGCAUCACAGUAUGGAGAUCAGGUCUCUAUUCUCCUGGCUAUUGAGCUCAUUUGGAACUUGUGCGAGGUCCUUUUCAUAGAUGCGGCUCCAGCUGGCACUUUACUUCUGCACCUGCUGGACUGGGUACGUUUGCAUAAGUCUGAUGUGGAUACCAGAGCGAGAGAGGUGCUACAGAGUGACAGCCCCACACAACAUCACUCCUACUGGGAUGUGGUGAUCAGUUUGGUUCUGCAGGGUCGUAUGGAUGAAGCCCGUCAGGUGCUGUCGAAACAGGCGUCUAUGCGCCCAGAAAGCAACUCUGUGUUUAAGCGUAUGGACACACUGUUCCAGAGCAUGCCUAUAUUCAACCCUACAGGCACCCAAACGCUGGCAGAGUUUGAUGUCAAAUGGAGGCACUGGCACGAGGAAUGCGAUCGCUGUCUGCAGGACAACACUUUUGCUAGCAACCCCCACCUGGAGGCCAUCUGCAAGAUUAUGGUUGGCGAUGAAGACGCUCUGCUGGAACACCGAGAGUUACUGAGCACGUGGUAUCACUUCCUGGUGACCCGACUGCUCUUCUCUCACCCCACGGUCAAACCGCCCGACCUUCACUACUACGCCCAAUCCAGCAUGAGCAUGUUUUUGGGCCCACGGGCGUCUCCGGAACCUCUGGACACUAUUGUGCUGUCAGCGUUUGAGUUUGACCUGCAUCAGGUCAUCAAAGACAGCAGUUUUGUGCUGAAUAACUGGUGGUUUGUGGCUCAUCUGACGGAUCUGUUGGAUCAUUGUAAACUCCUGCAGUCGCACAACCUCGAUUUUGGAUCUAACCUGCGUGAGUUUCUGGUUUUGGAGUACGCGUCCGGUCUCUUCACACAUCACAGUCUGUGGCAGCUGGCUGUGGAUUAUUUCGAUCACUGUCCUGAGUUCGGUCGAGUGUAUCUGGAGUUACAGAUCGAGAGGAUCCCACUGGACACUGAACGCAAAGCUGUCAAAGUCCUGCGGAUCUGUGAAGACCGACAGAUGACUGAACAGGUACGAAGUAUCUGUAAGAUUAUGGCUAAGCGAUCUCUGCGGAAUAACAGACUGGGAUCUGCUUUGUCCUGGAGCAUCCGAGCCAAAGACGCAGCGUUGGCUACGCUCAUCUCUGAGAGGUUUCUUCAGGAUUACAAGAAUAAAGGCUCAUUCACAGAUCUGGAUUUACUGGAUAAUCUCGGUUCCGCUAUGCUGCUCAGUGACAGACUCACGUUUUUAGGGAAGUACCGUGAGUUUCACAGGCUUUAUGGAGAAAAGCGUUUCUCGGAUGCCGCAAAACUCCUCCUGUCCCUCAUGACGGCAAACAUCGCCCCUCGCAGUAUGUGGAUGACCCUGCUGAUAGACGCCCUUCCCCUGCUGGAGCAGAGAGAGGUGAUAUUUUCUGUGGAGCAGACAUAUGAGCUCAUGUCCUGUCUUGAGGAACUGACCUCCAGAAGCAAAGACUCGCAGCAGACAGCACAGGAAGAUGACAUCGAGUCAACUAAGAUUGAACUCUUGCGUCUCGCUCUGGCUCGAAAUCUGGCCAUGGCCAUCGUGAAGGAGGGAACGAUAGAAACAUGAAAUCAUUCCAUCAUCAGAUCUGAACCUCUUGCUUUUGUGUACUGUACAUACCUCAAAAUAUUUGGUUAAACAUGUCUUUAUUAAUAAACCUUUUCCAGUA